AUGCUUUCGUCAUCCAAGCCGAACGACAACCAACGGAUUUUCUUCGAGGACAGAUUUUCAUCCUGGCUCAAAGCAGUCCGCUUCUGGGCUCUCAUGCAGCGUUUGAUUCGGAACGCUCAAGGAGCAAGGGAUAGGGUUUCGCAGGGGAUCUCAUUUCGGGCGACACCAUCACAAAGCAAAGACAUCUCUUUCGACCCGAGUGAACUGAUCUCAGCUAGGCUGUCGCUCAUCCAAAUGAUCCAAAAAUCAUACUUCAAGGAAGAAUUCGAAAGCGACUGCAAGGCAGUCAAACGCAAUAGCGUCAUCUACCAGUACAAUCCUUUCCUCGACGAAAACGGCAUCAUACGCUGUAAAUCACGCUUAGAGCGAUCCCCUCAUUUGUCUGGCGAUCAGAAAUUCCCAAUCAUAUUGCCAGGCAACUGCAAUCUAUCCAAACUCAUAGUCCAGGACAUCCAUGAGCGUCGAUGCUACCGUUUCGGUGGAAUGAACAUGGUUCUUCAGCUACUGCGCGAGGACUUCCUAUUGAUCCACGCCAGAAAGAUAACUCGCCAUGUGCUCAACUCCUGCGCGACUUGCAAAAUCUUUCACAGCGAGGCUGCCAACUCACCGACACCUCCGCUACCCCCCUUCCGACUCGGAGAAGCACCCCCAUUCUUCCACACGGGAUGCGACUUCAUGGGCCCAAUCAGGUACAAGAAGGAUUCCGGCGAGGUCGGGAAAAGCUACAUCCUACUCAUGACCUGCGCAGUCAGCGAGGCAAUACACCUCGAGCUGACAUUGGACCUAUCCACCGUCGAAGUCCUAGGGGCACUACAGAAAUUCAUCAAUAGAUUUCCCGUGGUCCAGACCAUCACCUCCGACAACGGUCUCUCCUUUCAAAGAGCCGCAAAAGAGCUGAAACUUAUCUACGAACUCAUCAAGGAUGGGGAAAUCAAACGCUGGCCGGCCAAUUCAUUCAUCGAAUGGGGCUUUCAAACAGCGGCAGCCCCAUGGUUCGGAGCAUUUUUCGAGAGACAGGUCCAAACCGUCAAAAGACCACUCCGAAAAAUUCUCGGCUCGGCCAUCCCACACUUUCGGAUAGAAGCGAUGGUUAACAGCAGACCAAUCACCACAGUAGCCUCAGGGGCAGACGAAGUGGAGGCCCUCACCCCGGCGAACCUCUUGUUCGGAUAUAAAGGGAAAACUAUAAUCCCAGAACACCUCUCGAAGCCCAAGAGUCCAACAGACUCCGACAAGGUCGUUUUCUCGAGGAGAUGGAAGUAUCAACAACGACUCCUAAGCUCCUUCUGGAAACGAUACCACGAGGAAUACCUACAAUACCUCGAGACAACCCACAAACAGAAACCAAUCUCGGCAAGGCCUCUGAAAAUCGGAGACGUAUGCCUACCCCAGAGAGAAAGUUUCAACAGAGCACUCUGGCCGCUGUGCAGAGUGAUCAUUCCCCGAAAACAUCAAGCCAGAAAACGCUAG